AUGAAUCUCACCAUUGUGACAGAAUUCGUCCUCUUGGGGUUCCCCACCCAGGGGACCAUGGGCUUCUUGCACUCACUGCUCUUCUCCCUGGUCUACCUGUGCGCCCUGCUGGGAAACAGGCUCAUCGUCCUCAUCACCACCUUGGACCGGCACCUCCACACCCCCAUGUACUUCUUCCUGAGGAGUCUGUCAUUCACGGAUCUCUGCCUCAUCUCAGCCAUAGUCCCCAAGUCCAUUGCCAACUCUGUGAGGCACAGCAGCUCCAUCUCGUUCCCGGGCUGUGUACUCCAGGUCUUUAUGGUAAUUAUUUCAGCAGGUGCAGAGAUGAGCCUCCUCACAGUGAUGAGCCUUGGCCGCUAUGCUGCCAUCUGCCACCCCCUGCACUAUGACGUCAUCAUGAGCAGGGACAGGUGUAUGCACCUGACAGCUGUGUCCUGGCUGGGUGGGGGUCUCCAUGCUGUGAUGCUCACAGCUGGAACCUUCUCCUUGUCUUUCUGUGGGUCCAACGUGGUCCACCAGUUCUUCUGUGACGUCCCACAGUUACUGGCUAUUUCCUGCUCAGGAAAUUUGAUGAACAAACUUGUCCCCAUUCUCAUUAGUGUGGUCUGGAGUAUCUGCUGUUUCGUUUUCAUAGUCAUUUCCUAUGUCCACAUCUUCUCUGCUGUCAGGAAGAUCCCAUCUACAGAAGAUGAUGUCUCCAGGGUUCACCAAUCUCACAGCUGUGACAGAAUUCGUCCUCCAAGGGUUGAAACCUUCUCGGCUCCUGAGCGCGUCUACCUGACUCACAGCUGCAGGACGUGA